AAAAUAUUCUGGCAACAUUGAAUAAGCAAAAGGGGUUUUGUUUAAUUUCGAUUCAAUUUUCAAAGAUUCAAGGCGGCUUCUGCUGCAGUUUUCUGCUUAAUUUGUCCCGUUGACGUUCCGAAUCGCUUUCUCAUUUAUUUCUUGGUGAAUGAAGUAAGGUUUCUGUUACAAUAACAAUGCCAUCAUCACCGAGGCGCAGAGCUCACAGGGAGAAACGCCGAGACAGGGAACGGAACAGAUCAACAGGCAGAGAACGACGGCGAUCUACCGAAAGAGAUAAAAGCCGAGAAAGGAGUCGAGAACGUCGAGAGCGGGACAGAGAAAGAGAACUACGACCACGUGAUUACAGGCGAAGAUCGAGAUCACGUUCAUACGACAGAGAUAAAGGUCGUGAUAAAUCUCCCCUACCAUCAUCUUCUAGGCGAAUGAACACAAAACCUAUCGUCUCCGAAGCUGAUCUUGAAGGAAAAUCACCAGAAGAACAGGAAAUGUUAAAAACAAUGGGAUUCUGUGGAUUUGAUUCAACCAAAGGUAAAAAAGUAGAAGGGAAUAAUGUUGGAGAAGUACAUGUUAUUUUAAAACGCAAGUAUCGUCAGUAUAUGAAUCGCAAAGGUGGUUUCAAUCGACCUCUCGAUUUUGUUGCUUAAAUUCAUAAGCGAGCUCAUCAUGACACUGCGUUCAAAUAAUUUUUAAAAUUAUCUAAACGUAAAUCGCUUAAUUUUGUCAGCUCUUUUUGUUCUCGUGCUUAAUUCAAUACUGUGCAUUUGCCGGUUAUAUUGUUAUUGAUAUUCCAUGGGUAUAUUAAAAGUGAUCCUUACUAUCAUAAAUCUCCUCCACAAAGUACAAUAGUCUUCACACAACAAACAAACGGGUUCCAUAUAACUGCAAUAGUCAUUUUCAUAUAUAUACACCUCAUUUACAAAAUUACCAUAACAAUGCAAUAGCCACCGAAGAACUGUAAAAUUCUCACGCCUGAAGUAAGUUCACUGCAAGCUACAAGAGUGCCUUAUUGUAGUGAAUGUCUAUUUUAUCGUUUUAUGUGCAUCAAUCUUAUACAAGUUCAGUAUUGUAUAUUGAAUUCUUGUUAUUUGAUCAGUUAAAUGCACAGGUAACAAUAAAAAUAGUUCUUCAACAUUGGGCGUGCGGUUUUACAUUUUCUUCGCAAAAAAACAACCAGACCUCAUAGCUUUUAUUCACCACAGUUAACAAUAGUAUCAAAAAACAGAAACUUUAAUAUACCUCAUAAAUUAAGUAUGUAUCCGUAAAAAACAAAGUUAGUAUGCGAAUUACACAUACUUAACGCUUUUUGUAACUAGGCAUGUAAGAUUACUGUUGGGUUUUGGUAUAUAAACAAAAAUGCUGAUACGCUGAGUGUAAACUUAUUGGUCUUAUUGGACGAUUUUGAAUUAUUGAAAUACAUCUAAUAACAGUUAUCAAUAGACUAUACCAACUGAGCGUUAAGUUUUUUUAGCGUGGAAAUUGUGUCAUCGCAAAAUUAAAUUAAUUUGUUUUCCGAAUCAUUCGAAAUCAUUCGUUUGCACUCAUUACGCGUGAUUUAAUAAUUAUAAUAAAAUAGCAACUCGGUAUUUCAAUUAUGUCUUUAAAUCUAAUGAAUGUAAUGUUUGACAUUGUUGUUCGGCAAAAUAUGAUGUAAAAAGAAAUUAUAAAUGAAUAGAACUUAAGUUGAUUACAUAUGAUGAAAUAAAUUUUGAAAACUUU